AUGGAGGAGCUAUCGUGCGCCGACUGGAUCAUCCUCGACACGAAAUUGACAGCAAGUGGAUUUUCCGUGCCUGUGAUACCCGAUAUCAUAAAACAAGCGAUCGAUGAAGAUCUCGUCGCGCGGUGUAGAAAGAAAAUCGCCGCGGAGAUACAGGAUAAAUUCAUCGAUUGCCAACAACAGCAUCUCCAACACAAUAGUGCAACUUUGAAGAAAAACGAGGCGAUAUGUCAGGUCUCCGAAUCAACUCAUAUAGAGCCGGACAAAGAAGGCUUCUGGGAGGUAUGCCAUUACUCGGUGCUACCUCACUGGCUUCAAGACAAUGACUUUUUGCUCAACGGCCACCGGCCACCACUGAGAUCGUUCAAGCUGUGCUUCAACUCUCUCUUCCGGAUCCACACGGAGACUGUAAACAUCUGGUCUCAUCUGAUAGGAGCCUUCAUGUUCGCGUGUACCGCGUUCUCGUUCCUGGCGACGGAACGGUUAGAGCUCGCCGAGUAUGUGGCUUUCGCCGCCUUCUUCCUAGGAGUAUUCACUUGUUUUUUCAUUUCAACCCUGUACCACACGAUGCACUGUCAUUCGAUGGAGGUUAGCCAAGUGUUUAGCAGGCUGGAUUACUGUGGAAUCGUCAGCAUCAUCGCGGGUUGCUUCACCCCCUGGAUACACUACCUGUUCUGGUGUUCGCCUAUGAGCAAAAUCGUCUACAUGGCGGUCGCCUACAGUCUGUGCGUUCUGACGGUCAAUCUGACCAUGUGGGAGAAGUUCGGACAGUCACAGUUCCGUGUGCUGAGAGCCUCGAUUUUCACCGGUCUCGGUUUGAGCUGCUCAAUCUUCCCUGGAACCCAUUUCGUGCUCAUCCAUGGUCUAUACGCCGCGUUCGUGGAUCUGGCAUUCGGUUGGUUGUUCACCAUGUUCGCGGUGGCUAUGUUCGGAGUAGCGUUGUACGCGAUGCGAGUUCCGGAGCGUUUCAUGCCGGGGAAGUUCGACGUCUGGUGUCACUCGCAUCAAUUCUUCCAUGUGGCCGUCAUCGUCGGAGCGUACGUUCAUCUGCAUUGCCUCUGCCAGAUGGCUAGAUUCCGACACGGGGACGGCGAGCUCUGUCCCAGCGAUUACGAUCGAUUCAUGCUAUUUUAAAGAGAUCGCCGUUUUUUUUUUCGUUCGCUCGUCCAUGCCCGCUCAUUCAGCGUAGGGGGUCCAACGAAGUGUGUUUAGACGAGUGUCUCCGUCACGUGGUGAUGAGUAUUCUCUUACUUAGCGGACAGUCGGCUGAUCACGCCGCAAAAAUUCGCUGGGCCGCGAUUUCCCAAGACUUUAUUUCAAGGAAACAAACGCUCUUUUCGUUGAUUUGCAUCUUAUCAGAAACUCGGUCGACCAAAGUCAUUGGAAGUUCGCCGAGUUUCACGGGGCGCGCUUUCCUCGCGAAUGAGUGAAUCGAUCGACAUCGAGAAAAAACAUUCGACAGAGCGAC